UCUGUUCCACAGACUGCAGUGUCAGCAUUUAAAUGAAUUUGUGGCUAGUGACAAGUCAAAGUAAGAACAGAGUAGGCUGGUAUUGGAACAUCAUUCUGCACAUGUUGAACUCUACACUGUUCUCAUUAUCACACAACCGAUUAGUGCAAGUGUGCCGAUGAGGAAAAUCUGGCCCCCUCCUAAAUCUAUCAGAUGUUCAGAGUGUUGUCACUGGGAAAUGACAUCAGUACACAAACCCACAGCGCUGCAUAUGCAUGUAAAUGCUGCAUCUGUGGACACGGCGUUCGUUCCGUAAGGGAGGGAUGCGCCACCGGCCAAACAAAUUGCCUGAAACGGAUCAGCUCGCUGUGUUUUGAAGUCAGGAUGUCACAGCCGUGUGCGUCACAGGAAGCUGCAGCAGGGUGACACACAUAGAGGCUAAGUAAGAGACCUCCUCUCAGUCUCCGUCAGCCCAGCGAUAAACAGCUGCAAAAACAGAGCAGAGCUUGGUGGGGAAGGAAGCGGAGGACGGAGCUGGUCUGCAGGCCUGACCGGGGAGCUGGGCUCAUUCAUCACAGGCCACACUUGUGAGCACACUGAAGACAGAGAAGCAGUAUUAGAAAAUAAGAUCUGGAAUUUACUUCAAGAAUCUGUUAAACUAUCUGUGCGGAAUACUCCAAAACAAGCAUUGAAGGAGGACCAACAGUUCAGGUUGUUAAAAGAAAUGGGGACCUGCUUCACCAGAUGUCAUUCCAACCUGACAGUCCUUGAAAACCCACCUGAUUCCGAGUUACCAGAACUCCAGGAAAGUGUCACUGUGGCGCUCUGCAACUACCCCACAUUUGAAGACACGGAACUGACCAUGCACAUGGGGGAGAAAUUAACCGUCGUAUCAGAUGACGGAGAUUUCAUGAUGGUGAGAUCGAGCACAACAGGUCGUCAGAGCUACAUUCCCACCAACUAUACGGCCAAGGUGGCACACAGGUGGCUGUUCACAGGCAUCCAAAGGUACAAAGCCGAGGAGCUGCUCCUGCAUCCCAACAACCGGAUGGGAGCCUUCCUGAUCCGGGAGUCUGAGACAAGCAGAGACUGCCACUCGCUAUCCAUUCUGUGGAGAACCGACCUGUCAGACCGGAACCCUGUCAAGCACUACCGCAUCACUCACCUCCGGAACGGCUGGGUCUACAUAUCCCCAAGACUGACAUUCCGCUCCCUCCAUCACCUCGUCCAACACUAUUCAGAGAGUGGAGACGGGUUGUGCUGCCGGCUGACAGGACCCUGCUUCAUCCAGGGUUUAGACAACCCCCGAGAGGCAAGGGCUGUCCCCAUUACAGUCAGGAGGCCUACUGUCAACUGGAAGGAAAUUAGCAGGUCGGUCAUACUCAAGAGGAAGAGAACUGAGUCUGACAACUCUCUGGUCAGCGAGGGGCUGAGGGAGGCCAUCAGCUCCUACCUGCAAAUGACACAGGGAAACGACCACAGCUGGGACACCUGAGAGAAUAAGGCCGGCCGCCGGCGUGGAAGAAGUGGAACUGACUGCAGAGCUAAACCUGCCCCGUGUCGGGCGCAACAUGAGCCAGCCCCCACAGCCUGACUGCUCUUGUCUUUGUGGACUGUCCCGGAAUAACAGGGAAGCUGAGACACUACAUUUGCCAGGAGAUGUGUCUCUGUUAACUGAAUGUAUGGAGCUUCCUAAAUGAGAGGCUAAGUGAAAAAACUAGACGUCAAAGACAUUUUCCCUUGGCUUGAAACAUUGAAUACUUCGCUUAAUUUAUAAAACUAUUGCAAAAGCAAAAAUUGUAUUGAAUAUUGUUUUUUCAAUAUUAUUGUUAUAUGACUGUGGACAUGGAUGUGACGUUGUAACCCGAUAAACUUUGCUAGCUAUGUGAUGCAUAACAAAAUCCAACAGAGCCUGGACUGGGCUUUAUUGGGGCCACUGUUAUUAAAUGUUCCAAUUUUUUUUUAUAUGUGUGUAUAAUUUAUAACCUCGUGUGAAAAGCACAAUUUUGAUAGAUUAUUAUGUGUCAUUAAUAUUUUUUAUGACUGCAAUCAUGAACGUGUUGUUGGAAUCCAAUAAAAUGAGCUGGCUUUGUAAUAAGUGAGCAAACGGA